UCUGUGUAUGCAAAAGAGGAGAUGCAGUUGAUGACUUUCUAGAACAUCUGUGUAAGUGUUAGAAGCAGAGAUGAAAUUAGAUAUGCAGAAGUAUUUAAACAGUCUUGCCUUGGUGAAUAUUCUCUACCGCAGAUAGGUUGAUUUCAUCCUAAAACACACAGUUAUGUAGAUAUCAGAGAAGUAAAUUCAUUUCAGGUCUGGACUGUUAAAAGUUUCCUUUCAUUGUGCUCUUAAUACCUGCAUUGUAGGGAAGUUUCAUUAAUGCUUAGAAUUCUGUAGCUUAUAUUAGAAAACCUUGUUCUUUCUACUUUCUGAAGUAGUAAGUAUUAAGGGGUUAGCAGCUCAUGUGAGAUUUCCCAGCUUGAAGAUUACAUAUGCUUGAAAUUCUGUUUUGAGGAUGUUAACCAGGUAUGCAGAGGACUUUUGCUGGUUCUUCACUCAGACAUGAAUUCCACGGACAAAAGAACGUUUGUUGCUUUGUUCCUGAUGUGCCUGCUGUCCAGGGUGAAGUUCCUCCAGAUAGUUCCAGAUCAAAGUUUAUUUGAUUCAAGAGGUUCUUUACCAGCCUGGACUAUGAAGAACAGGGUCAGCUGCUCUUUGAAGGAUGCUGGAUCAGGUUUCCUCAUCUUGGUUCUUCUUACAAAAUCAGCACAGGAAAAAAAUUGGGGAUGUUUGUCUUCUGAAACAGUUUAUGAGUUGCUCAUACUUGAGGUUGUCUGCAUGUUGUGGGCUGGACUCAUCACUGAGACAUACUGAACAGAAAACAAAGAUAUGUUUAAAAAAGAUAAACCUGGAAAUCAUAAUGAGACCCCUUACAAAUAUCUAUGUCUUUGCUAGUGCCUUUAUAUUCAUGCUCUGGAAUAAUAUCCAGCCAACUGUGGAAAAUGAAUUUAUUGCAAAUUAUUCAAGCAGUUUGCUAACUAAUGUUCCAAAAAACAUCCCAGUCCAUACUCAUAUAUUAGAUUUAUCACAUAAUAGGAUCUCUGGACUUAGUAUCUCAGAGUUUAUUUCUCUUUCUGAUCUUCAAGUAUUAAAUCUUUCUCGUAAUCUAAUUACGGAGCUUGACCUUAGUGUCUUCAUUUAUAAUGAAGAUUUAGAAUACUUAGAUUUAUCUCAUAAUAACAUUUUGAAAGUUUACUGUCAAACUCUCGCAAAUCUUAGACAUUUAGAUAUGUCUUUCAAUAAGUAUACUGCCCUGCCCAUCUGCCAAGAAUUCAGGAACAUGUUUCAUUUGGAGUACCUAGGAUUAAGUGCCACGGUGAUACGAAGGUCAGACUUCAGGUAUUUCACACAUCUACAGCUGCACACUGUCUUCCUAACCUUAGAAGACUUUUCUCUAUAUGAGCCUCAGAGUCUGACAGCCUUGAACACAAGGACCCUUCACAUUGUUUUUGCAGCAAACCGGAACUUCAGUUUUCCCCUCUUGUAUGAUGGAAUGAGCACUUCAGAAAACUUAAAAAUAGUUAACUUAAGAUACACCUCGAGCUACAAAGAUUUCCCUUCUCCUCAUUUAACACUUCUGAAGAAAAUCAAGACAACAGUUCUUAUGCUAGACACUGUGGACUUACAAUGGCCCAUCAUUUUGCAAAUUUUCCUGCUUAUUUGGUAUUCACCUGUGGAGCAUUUGACUGUGACAAAUUUGACUUUUCGGGGACCACUGGAGGGGCUGGCUGAAUACGAUUUUCUGCCUUUAUUAAACUCUCUGAAACAAUUAAUCUCUUUGGAUGGCUCCAUGAAAGCACUAACUUUGGAGCAUGUUCAUAAUAAGGUUUAUUAUUUCAACCAGGAAAUUCUAUACAGACAGUUUUCGGAGAUGAAAAUUGCUAAUUUGACAAUAUAUGAUGCAUAUAUGCCACACAUGCUCUGCCCCAAUAGAACAAGCUCAUUUCAGUAUGUAAAUUUUUCUCAUAAUGCCCUGACGGAUGAAUUGUUCCAGAAUUGUGGCACUCUGACAGAUCUGAAAUACCUUAUUUUGCAGAGGAAUAAAUUUGAGAGCCUUGCCAAGGUAAGCUUCAUGACCAGCCAUAUGAAAUCACUGAAAUAUCUGGACAUGAGCAGCAACUUGCUGCAUCACGAUGGAGCUGAUGUGCGAUGCCAAUGGGCUGAGUCUCUGUCAGAGCUGGACCUGUCCUCAAAUCAGUUGACAGAUGUCGUGUUUGAGUGCUUGCCCGUCAACAUCAAAACCCUCAACCUCCAAAACAAUCAGAUCGCCAGCGUCCCCAGGGGGGUGACCGAGCUGAAAUCCUUGGCAGAGCUGAACCUGGCAUCGAACAGGCUGGCUGACCUGCCGGGGUGCAGCGGCUUUAGUUCUCUGGAGUUCCUGAACACAGAGAUGAAUUUGAUCCUCACCCCAUCUGCCGACUUCUUCCAGAGCUGCCCCAGGGUGCGGGAGCUACAAGCCGGGCACAACCCGUUCAAGUGUUCCUGUGAACUGCAGGACUUUUUGCGUCUGGAGAGGCGGUCUGGGGGGAAGCUGGCUGGCUGGCCGGCGGCGUACCUGUGCGAGUACCCGUCAGCCUUGCGGGGAACACAGCUGAAGGAUUUCCACCUGAGCGAACUGGCUUGUAACACGGCGCUCCUGCUGGUGACGGCUCUGCUGCUGACGCUGGUGCUGGUGGCUGUCGUGGCCUUUCUGUGCAUCUACCUGGACGUGCCGUGGUACGUGCGGAUGACGUGGCAGUGGACGCAGACGAAGCGCAGAGCUUGGCACAGCCGCCCCGAAGGGCAGGAGACCGUUCUGCAGUUCCACGCGUUCGUUUCCUACAGCGAGCGCGAUGCGUUGUGGGUGAAGAACGAGCUGAUCCCGAACCUGGAGAAGGGGGAGGACUGUGUACAACUGUGCCAGCACGAGAGAAACUUUAUCCCUGGCAAGAGCAUUGUGGAGAACAUCAUCACCUGCAUUGAGAAGAGCUACAAGUCGAUCUUUGUGUUGUCUCCCAACUUUGUGCAGAGCGAGUGGUGUCACUAUGAGCUGUACUUUGCCCACCACAAAUUAUUCAGUGAGAAUUCCAACAGCUUAAUCCUCAUUUUGCUGGAGCCGAUCCCUCCGUACAUUAUCCCCGCCAGGUAUCACAAGCUGAAGGCUCUCAUGGCAAAGCGAACGUAUCUGGAGUGGCCAAAGGAGAGGAGCAAGCGUGCCCUUUUCUGGGCAAACCUGAGGGCAGCUAUUAGCAUUAACCUGCCAACAUACUUUGAAGCAAAUGAGGAGGAGAGUGAUGUUACUUCUACUAGUAGUAUUAGUCAGUAUGUGAAUAACUGACUUGACUGUCUUACAUUAAAUUGUGUUAAUAAUUUUUAAUUUUUUUUACAGUGUUCCCAGCUUGUAGCAAAAUGUAGUUGUGAAACAUAUGGAAAUCGCUAUUGCUUAUUCUAGUUGUGAAAGUACUCAGAAAUCUUCUGUAGUUGCCUAUCAUCAACAAAGAGAAGGAGAUAGAAAUUUUCAUAGCAAUUGCACUUAUUUUUGUAGACUUGGGUUACAUUUGUUUUGUUUUGGACUUUUCCUAUUGAAAUCCAAAAAUAGUGGUUGGUUCAGUGUCAUCAGGACUGUCAAGGCAUGCAUUUGAUCUGUGUUCUGACAUGGGUGUUGUUGGGUUAGUGUGGUAGGGAUCUGCUUCCUUGGGUUUAACUGAUAAUAUAAAGAAGAAAACUCUUGUUUAAGUCCCUUCCUGUACCUUAGCACAGUAGAUGUCAAGGGUACACUAUCCCUACACCUUCAGCCUAUUUCUCCAUCCUGGAAACCUUUCCCUUCAUCACAGAGACUUUCCUGGGUAAGAGCUGAAAGUUGGAGCCAUUAAACCCUGGUUAAUAUUCUUCCUUUGCUUUACUGAACAUGCCCACUUGCCUAGAUUUACCUACCAAGUCAUGAUUGCAUAGCAUUUGCUGUUCCUUUACUUCAAAAUGAUAGUUAAUAUCUGAACUUAUGAAACUUCUAUAGAAUUAUAGUAUUACUGCUUUCUGCUAUGAUCAUGGAAAGCUUGUUUUCCCUGUUUUGUAAAACAGAGAAGCUCGAUGUUUGGAGGUGAAUCGCUUUUUAUCUCCAGACUUUCACUGAACUCUGUUACCUUGCCCUUUUAAUCAGCAGGUGCUGAGGGUCAUCAUGCAGGUAAAAAUCUGCUAAAAUGAAACUGAUUAAACUAAUUGCAUUUGUUGGUAGGAGACAUCUAAUCAUUUGCUGUGCUUGGAUUUAAUUUGACAAUCUAAUAAACUUCUCAUUUUUCAAUCUGUAACUAAA